AUGCUAUAGGUUCAUAUGACAGUAUUGGUGAAGCAGCAGCCAGGAACUGGGCCAUUGAGGAAUAUGGGAGGUCAUAAGAUGGUGAAGCGGCCAUCCGAGUUUCAAAAAUGUCAAUUAAAAGAUGACCAUUAUUAUUUCCUAGGGCUAGGAAUAAUUCCAGCUGGCUUGUUUAUCACAUAUCUUAAUGUUACACAAGGUCCUGCUCAGUUGGUAGACACACCUGAGGGUUAUGUUCCAGAACCACACGAGUACCACAGACUGCCACUGACAAGGUUACUGGCUAAAUAUGGAGUUGAACCUAUUGAGAAGAAACAUGAAAGAACUUUAUACUAUCUUCAUAAAGCAGAUGAAAAAAGAAAAUCUACUAUACUGCAAAUGGAGGUAAGAUGUCUUCAAAAAUGAGAAACCUGAAAAUAAUGGUAAUUGUCUAUCUUCAUUGUCUGAUUUUAAUUUAACUGAUUUUUGUGUCGCCUUGAGAAGGGGUUACUCUUGUCGGCGGCGUUUGUCCGUGUUGGUUGUGU